GGACAUGUUUCCUGCUGAAGUGUAUCUAACUUGACGCAGCGCAGGACCACCGCAGCAUCCAGGAGGAGACUGAAGUGUGAAGAGAGGGCUGACGAGCUGCAGCUUGUGAGGUGCUGCAGUGUUUGUUGAUCCUAGCUGAGGUGGAGUGCAGAGGUCAUCAUGGGGGAACUGUUCAGAAGUGAGGAGAUGACUCUGGCCCAGCUCUUUCUCCAGUCAGAGGCAGCCUACUGCUGUGUGAGCGAGCUGGGAGAACUGGGCAUGGUCCAGUUUAGAGAUCUGAAUCCAGAUGUAAACGUGUUCCAGCGCAAGUUUGUGAAUGAAGUGAGGAGAUGCGAGGAGAUGGACAGGAAGCUGAGGUUUGUUGAGAAGGAGAUCAAAAAAGCCAACAUCCCGACAGUGGACACUGGAGAGAACCCGGAAGUACCUUUUCCCAGAGACAUGAUUGAUCUGGAGGCCACAUUUGAGAAGCUGGAGAAUGAACUAAAGGAGAUAAACACCAACCAGGAAGCCCUGAAGAAGAACUUCCUGGAGCUGACGGAGCUCAAACACAUCCUCCACCGAACGCAGCAGUUUUUUAACGAGAUGGAGGAUCCUAACCUGCUGGAGGAGUCAUCGGCUCUGAUGGAGGGUAGUGAGGGGGGCCGCGGGGCCCCACUCAGACUGGGUUUUGUGGCCGGAGUGAUCAGCAGGGAGAGGAUUCCCACCUUUGAGCGGAUGCUGUGGAGGGUGUGCCGUGGUAAUGUCUUUUUAAGGAAGGCAGAGAUCGAGGACCCACUAGAGGACCCCACCACAGGAGACCAAGUCCACAAGUCAGUGUUCAUCAUCUUCUUCCAGGGUGACCAGCUGAAGAACCGGGUGAAGAAGAUCUGUGAGGGGUUCCGUGCGUCGCUCUACCCCUGCCCAGAGACCCCGCAGGAGAGGAAGGAGAUGCUGGCUGGAGUCAACAGCCGCAUCGAUGACCUCCAAAUGGUGCUGAACCAAACCGAGGACCACCGUCAGCGAGUGCUGCAGGCUGCUUCUAAGACCAUGCGGGUGUGGUUCAUCAAGGUGAGGAAGAUGAAGGCCAUCUACCACACGCUGAACCUCUGCAACAUCGACGUCACGCAGAAGUGUCUGAUAGCUGAGGUGUGGUGUCCUGUCUCAGACCUGGACUCUAUCCAGUUUGCUCUGCGCAGAGGAACGGAGAGGAGUGGAUCAACAGUGCCCUCCAUCCUAAACAGGAUGCAGACCAAACAGACUCCACCCACCUUCAACAAGACCAACAAGUUCACAUCAGGCUUCCAGAAUAUUGUGGACGCCUACGGCAUCGGAAGUUACCGGGAAAUCAAUCCAGCUCCGUACACCAUCAUCACCUUCCCCUUCCUGUUUGCUGUCAUGUUUGGUGACAUGGGCCACGGCCUGUUGAUGACCUGCGCUGCCCUCUACCUGGUCAUUCGAGAGAGUCGCCUCCUCGCCCAGAAGAGUGACAAUGAGAUGUUCAACAUGAUUUUUGCUGGGCGCUACAUCAUCCUCCUGAUGGGGAUCUUCUCCGUCUACACAGGCGUCAUUUACAAUGACUGUUUCUCUAAGUCACUCAACAUGUUUGGGUCUGGCUGGAGUGUCAGGCCCAUGUUUGGCCCCAAAGGAGCCAACUGGACGUCUGAGACUCUUGAUGGAAAUGCAGUUCUCCAGUUAGAUCCUGCUAUUCCCGGCGUGUUCGGUGGACCUUAUCCACUCGGAAUUGACCCGAUCUGGAAUAUUGCCACCAACAAGCUGACUUUCCUCAACUCCUUUAAGAUGAAGAUGUCCGUCAUCCUGGGCGUCAUCCACAUGAUAUUUGGAGUGUCUCUCAGCCUCUUCAACCACCUGUACUUCAAGAAGCCUCUGAACAUUUUCCUGGGCUUCAUCCCAGAGAUUGUCUUCAUGUCGAGCUUGUUUGGCUACCUUGCCCUGCUGAUCUUCUACAAGUGGACAGCCUACACCGCCCGGACUUCCAAGGAUGCUCCCAGCCUGCUCAUCCACUUUAUCAACAUGUGUCUCUUCAACUACGGUGACCCCACCAGCAAACGCCUCUACGAGGGACAGGUGGCGAUCCAGGUUUUGUUGGUGCUGAUUGCCCUUGCAUGUGUUCCCUGUAUGCUGAUUGUGAAAACUAUGGUGCUUCGGCGUCAGCACCUGUGGAAAAAGCACCUGUCACAGAAGAGGGAAGAAACCCCUGCAGAGAAUCUAGAGCAGUCUUUAGAGCAAACAGGCGUGUCCUCAUCAUGCACCGGACUCACUCAACAGGGCACGCAGAAGUUUGGAGGGGUGCGGGUGGGCAACGGGCCCACAGAAGACGAAGCUGGCAUCAUGGACCACGACCAGCUCUCCCAGCACUCAGAAGAAGGCGAUGAGCACUCAGAGGAAGAGCCGUUUGAUUUCGGCGAUGUAGCUGUCCACCAGGCUAUCCACACCAUAGAGUACUGCCUGGGGUGCAUCUCCAACACAGCCUCUUACCUGCGCCUGUGGGCCCUCAGCCUGGCUCAUGCACAGCUCUCAGAGGUGCUCUGGUCCAUGGUGAUGCACCUCGGCCUCUCAUCCAGGAGCGGGGGCGGGUUCUUCGGCCUGGCCAUCAUCUUCGCAUUCUUCGCCGUGCUAACAGUCGCCAUCCUGCUCGUGAUGGAGGGGCUGUCAGCCUUCCUGCAUGCCCUGCGUCUGCACUGGGUUGAGUUCCAGAACAAGUUCUACUCAGGCCAGGGCUUCAAGUUUGUCCCCUUCUCGUUCGAGAGCAUCCUGGAGGGAAGAUUCGACGAGUGAUCGGGCCUCGGCCCAUCCAGCACAGUCUUCAGUGAUCCCGCCUCUGUGUUUGUGUGGCCGUGCAUGAGCCCCAGUGCAGUGUUUUGUCUCCCCCUGGUGGCACUUUGUGAAGCUUUAUUGUGUAUGAGCUGUAGUUUAGUCCCUGUGAAGUGAAGCGUACUCCUGGGCUUAUACCCACAAACCUGGUCUUUGCAUUUAGACUGAAACACAGAUAUCACACAAUCAGUCCAAACAUUUUCACAAAGGUCAAAUCAAGCUGAACAAAAGAAUAUUUUCAUAUGCAGCAGUUACGUGUAUGCAGAGGUGCAUCAUCGGUCGCCCACAAGUUUAUAUACAAUCAAACGUAAAUAAAUGAUCGCGUCUCGCUGGAUUUAAGGACAUAAAGUCGUCUGUCUGUGUGACUGUCGUCAUUAGUUCUCACAUGCUGCUUACAGCUCACUGCUCCCUGGAUCAUCUUUCUAUCCUUGGAGACCAGCUCCACCCGAGCUCCACCCAAGCUGAACCCGAGCCCCACCUGCUCUCAUUCAUCAGCUGCUGUGCUGCUUUCACACAGAUGUGUGUAAAACCUGUGCUUACACUGUAUUGUUUCUGUGAGGACACACCUCGCUCCAGUCGUCUGUGUUGCUCUUUGCAGGUAAUCAUUGAAAUAAUCUGAUGGCAGCUUCGUAUGUGAACGUGGAGCUUUGCCCUCUUUGGUGAACCCCAGCAGAAGGUUUCACACUAGCACUAAAUCUGGCCCUAACAUCGGGCGGCGCUGCGAUCGCUCAUUUACUCCCUAAAUGAUUUUAAACUGAUUAAGCUCUGUAUGAAUAUUUGGUUCACCAGUGGUGGAGCACUACUCCGCUGUACAUAUGUCAGAUCUCUUAUCACAUGGUACAUCGCGUGAUAAAUGCUUUGGCUGACUGGAAAUACAGGUGUAGGUUUUGUAACUUUGACUCAGUGAGACAACAUCCAGUCGGCUUUGUCAGAUAUUUUGCGAUGUUUCUUUGCUCGAUCACAACUGUGAUCAUUCCUGUAAGUGUCCAUCUUACACAGUGACGAGGUUCUCACCGUUUGAUUCUAACUUUUUAAACAAGCAUUUGUUUUUAGUCCCCGUACAUCACCUGUGAUGCAUUGUCACAUACUUUGCCAGUUCAGUCACACAUGCUCACAUAUCAAAGGAGACUUUAUGCACAUGCACGUCUCCAUCUUUGAGAGUUUAGAUCACAAACUAAGGCUGUUGUUGCACAUGAAACAGCACGUUGAGCUGUUUGUUGCUGUGAGUCGAGCUGUUGCACUCUCAGGACUGAUUCCACGCAGACCGUGAUUAUUGGGAGAGUUUUCACUGGGAACCCACUGAAGAUCCUGCUCCUGCAGUGACAACACCUCAGCUGUGAUGAGUGUUUUCACAGGUCACGUAUUCCAGGAUUAAAGCAUCUUUAACAAUGUGAUAUCAGCAUUAGAAUCAUAAUCUCAUUGCAGCUUUUAAAGUGAAUGUUUGGUUUGAAUUAGUGUAUGGCUGUAACCUGCUCCGUCUCUGUUUCCUGCUGUAAACCAGUUAAAGAGGGAACUGUCCAAACUCUGUACCGUCACCUCUGAUUGUUUCAAAGCUUGGAAGAUAAUAUCACAUAUAGACUUCAGGACUGUCCUUUGUUUCUUUAGCCUUUUAUUUAAUGGUUUGAAAUCAGCGUCCAGCAUCUCCAACUCCUGAGUAUGUCUGAGAUUUAAGGUUUAGUCAGCCGUUAGUCGGCAUUCAUGUUGGUUUGAUCACCACAGCUGUUAUUGAACUGGAUUUUCAUCAUCCCUGUGUUUAGUUUUAUGGGAACGUGUAUUUGAAGUGCUGUAAUGAACUCGUGUUUCCAUUUGGAUGAGAAAAAAAUCUGACGUGCUGUUGAUGUUGAACAGUGACAAGAAGUGUAAAGUGUUAAUGUGUUAAUAAUAAACAGACACCUGGGGAUUCA